ACACACAGAUCCGAACUGGGUGGCUGCGCCGGGAGAACCCCUACACUCAACGGCCCCACUGCUUCAGUCAGCUCCCCGCUCCGGGUGCCCGUCGCCUGUUGCAGCUCGGAGACGUGCGGAAGCCUCCGCUCCGGGGGUUCUCGGAACUUUUCACCCCCGCAUCGCAGCCCGGCUCUGGGAUCUUAAGACAGACCUGGCGUGCCUCAAAAGCACCCUCUCUCCCCCCAUCCUUCAGCGCGGAGGAAGCAGAGUCUCGGGAUUCGGGAUUUUGCGGACGCGCAGUUCAAAAACUCUACCAAGAGACUCCAUCCUGCCUCGCGUCGCGGAGAGUGAGUCACCCGGGAGAACUUUUGGGAACAAAUUUCAAACCAUUCCCAUCAGAGUUUCGAAGAAAUUCGAUUGGAAGACUUAACGCCCUCCGAACUCGGAAUCGCGUCCAGUUUAACUUUGAGUCACAGGUUGGGACUGGAGUGUGGAGAAUGCAGGCGGCUGAACUUCCGCAGCUUCCAAUCCCCUGUCCGCUAAAUGGCUACAUUACAAUGUCUCUGAUAUUUAUAUUUCAGCUUUCUCAGGGCGAACUCCAGAAGUCAGGCGGGGAGUCGUUGUUUGAGACGGAGGAGACUACCAGCUGUCAUGAGGUCUGUUCGUGUCGACCACCCCCGUUACCCCCUCCGCCGCCACCCCCUCCUCCGCCCAGGCAGUCGGGGUCUCCAAUUGUAAAGCCAACAGAUUAUCCGCCAUUGAAGCCCUGGUGGACGGACAUGGUGAUUGUAAUUGCGGUGGGAUGUGCUACGCUUGCCUUCCUGGUGGUGGCUGUUAUUAUCUGCUACAAAGCAAUUAAACGGCAACACUGGAGGGCAGCACUGACGGGAGGACCAACCCAGUACACACCCGGCUCUGGUGUCUCCAUCCCUGCUGGCUGCAACAGGAAGCCCAUGCGGAAAGAAGAAAAUGGGACAAGCCGAACGGAAUAUGCAAUGACUUCCCAAAACAACAAAAUGGUGGACAGAAACAGUGUACUCAUUUAAAAUAGCAGACAGAAACAGUGUACUUAUUUAACCUUAGAAAGGAAGCACCGUCCCACAGUUGUUGUUUCAAGACAGGAGUCUGCUUAGUUUGAAAUGCACGUUACGCAUGUGGAGAGUUUGAAAACGUCCCGCAAGGACAAGGAUCAGGAACUUAUUUCAAACAAAAAUGAACACACAUACUCAGAGCAGAGAAGCAGACUUCCCUUUGGCCAAGUUGACUGUGAGGACAAAGCUGCCAAUCAAAGUAAGAGACAAGACCUUACAAAAGGCAUAAUCAGUAUCAAGAUGUUUCAAUACCCAGUUGAAUUUUAACUCAUUCUUUCAAAUAUUCUAUAAUCUCCAAAAUAAAUGCUAUUCAGUCAGAAUCAGAAGUGUUGAUGUUAAAGUCUUUACAUGCAUGAAUUUGGUAUCAUGGGAACAAAACAGCUCGGUAUAAAAAGAAGAAGAUCACUUCAUAAUCCAAUGAACUAACAAAGAGCAUGGUUGUCCAUCACGCCAUGUGCACUUGCCGUCUGAUUCACUAUGCAAACCCCUUCAUGAAGCAUCUCAUCUGAGUGUACUCAUCCUUUCAAAACACAUAGCCAGUUACGUUUUGAGAAUGACUUUACAAAUAGGUGCUUUUUUUAAUUCUUUGUUGGCAUGUCAUGAUUUAACUGAUAAAGCCUUUUCUACACUGGCAAGUCUGUAGUUGUUUUAAAUCACAAUAAAGAGUUUUAUCAAAAUUACAAAUCAGUAAAAUACUAUUUUUCCCUUAAAGACCAGGCCAUGGGCUUUAUUCUUCAACAUGUUUAUUUUCUAUAUAAUAAGUAUGAAAUAAAUGAAUUAUUAAACCAUAUGGUCUAAGGCUUUCUCUCACUCAGAAUCUGAAUCAGAACCAGGCUUAAUAUCACUGGCAUAUUCUCAUGAGGCUCUGAUACACAGGCAUCUGUCUGAGUUAUCUUGGCUCCUGCUCUGGCUACAGGCUGCUUGCCCUCACUAUCUCUCCACAGGCACAUCCACCUCCAAGUUACAUGCAGUGUUAACAUCAAGCAUGGUAGAUGUAUAGAUGAAGUGCACUGAGAGUUAAUCAUCAUCAUCGUGUACAACAGUCCAGAUAGCUUGUAAUUUCUAGGUAAUCAGAAUCAGGUUUAAUAUCAUUGGCAAAUAUCACGAAAUUUGUUGUUUUAUGGCAGCAGUACAUUGCAAUACAUAAUAAGAAAAAAUAUAUAAAUUACAAUGAGAAAUAUAUAUAAUUAAAUGCUAGUGCAAAAAGAGAGGAAAAUACUGAGAUAGUGUUCAUUGUCCGUUCAGAAAUCUGAUGGUGGAGGGGAAGAAGCUGUUCCUGAAAUGGCUGCUUGAUGGUAGCAUUGAGAAGAGGGCAUCCUUCUCAAUGACAAGGUGAUGAGGAUCCUUCAUAGACAAUAGACAAUAGGUGCAGGAGUAGGCCAUUCAGCCCUUCGAGCCAGCAUCGCCAUUCAUUGUGAUCAUGGCUGAUCAUCCACAAUCAGUAUCCAGUUCCUGCCUUAUCCCCAUAACCUUUGAUUCUGCUAUCUUUAAGAGCUCUAUCCAUCUCUUUCUUGAAAGCAUCCAGAGACUUGGCCUCCACUGCCUUCUGGGGCAGAGCAUUCCAUAUAUCCACCACUCUCUGGGUGAAAAAGUUUUUCCUCAACUCCGUUCUAAAUGGACUACCCCUUAUUCUUAAAGUGUGGCCUCUGGUUCUGGACUCACCCAUCAGCGGGAACAUGCUUCCUGCCUGCAGCGUGUCCAAUCCCUUAAUAAUCUUAUAUGUUUCAAUAAGAUCCCCUCUCAGCCUUCUAAAUUCCAGUGUACACAAGCCCAGUCGCUCCAAUCUUUCGACAUAUGACAGUCCCACCAUCCCGGGAAUUAACCUUGUGAACCUACGCUGUACUCCCUCAAUAGCAAGAAUGUCCUUCCUCAAAUUUGGAGAGCAAAACUGCACACAGUACUCCAGGUGUGGUCUCACCAGGGCCCUGUACAGCUGCAGAAGGACCUCUUUGCUCCUAUACUCAAUUCCCCUUGUUGAGUGUUCCACCUUUCUGAGGCAUCACCUUUUGAAGAUGUCUUGGAUGCUGGGGAGACCAGUGCCCAUGAUCCAGGAUGGGGCUGGCUGAGUUUGCAACUUUCUACAGCUGUCUCUGAUCCUGUGCAGUGGCCCCUCCCUCCAUACCAGACAGUGAUGCAACCACUUAGAAUACUCCAGGCCCCCCCCCCAGUUCAUUCAAUUAAAUCAGUAGCUGAUCCUCUCAGUUUUACUUUCCCAAUUUCUCUGUGCAGCUAGUUAGCUAGUCAAAGGCUUAAGGUCUUUGCAUAGAAUAUAUCUGAUCUCUAAGCAUGGGAGUUUCAGCACAUCCUUCAUGUAAAAAUGUCCCCGCAGUCCAAGUUUGCUGACCACUUCCCCUGAAACAAUUCCCUCUAGUUCUCAACUCUCCAACCAGAAGAAGCAGCUUCUCAGUUCACAUCAUGUCGAUUUCUCACCUCAUGUUCUUCAAUGGAAUCACCUCUGAUUUGUUUGAAUGCAAUGAGAAUGCGUCAGUCUUUUCUGUCUAUCCUCAUGGAACAACCCACAUCCCAGAAAUUAAUCUUGUCAAUCUCUUCCGCACUGGUAUCAGGCAGGAGUGUCCUUUCUUCAGAGUAUAGUCAGUACUCCCUAUCAUUUCAUCCAAAUCAAUAAUGUUAACUGAACAUGGCAGAGGACUCAGUACUGAUUGCCGGCUCACUAACCAGCGCAAUAAUCGUUUGCCAGUCUGAACAUUCUUCCUUUUCUGUUCACCAAUUAUUUUAUAACGUUUUAUUAACAUCAAUAGAGUUAUAGAAGGCUACAGCACAAAAAUAGGCCCUUCAGCCCAUCUAGGCUGUGUCAAACCAUUAAUUUACUUUGUCCUAUUGACCUGCAGAUGGACAGGUGUGUUAUCAUUUCAAAUGUUUUAUGACAUUCACAGCUCCCCUAUUAAUCUGCCCUGCCAUAUCAUUAUAAAGAAUCAUUAGACUUAUCAGACCUGGUUAAUUUCAGUAAAACAUUGGCCUCCGUCUAAUUUGAUUUCUUUAUAACAAUGUCCUCAUUAAUAGUUCAAGGUUCAAGUGAAUUUAUUAUCAAAGUACAUAUGCAACCCUGAGAUUGGUUUUCUUGCAGGGAUUCACAGUAAGUACAGAAAAAUAUAGUGUACUAGAAUCAAUGAAAAACCACACACAACAAGACAGUAGUUAGCUGGCCUUGCAAUUUGCAGGCCAAUGGAUUUCCAAUUGCUUCCCAUCUCUCUCACUUCUUUCAUGAAUACAUUUUUCCUUCUUCCCGGUUGGUGAGCAUGUUUGAGAACCUUCAGUCAGUCAGUCGGUUAGUGCUGUCCCGAAUCCGGGGUUGGCGGCUGUGCACCUCCAUCUUCUUCGAUCUCGCGCUCUUUUCCUGGCCUCAGCGUAUCUCAGCCCAGUCCAUUGCCUCACAUUAUCGUACCAAGUGGUUCGCUGCCUUCCUCUUUCCCUCUUUCCUUCUGUCAUCCCUUCCAAUAACAAUUUCUGCAGUCCGGGUACUUGUUAAGAGCCUUAAAACACCAUUAAUGAAUCAGCUGCUACCAUAGCAACCUCUUUUGGAAUGCCACAAUUUCAGGCCAUUAGAUUCAAAGCAUUUUUUAAAACAUUUAAUCUUCUAAUUUUUCCAAUUGCUCUAAAUUUUCAGUCUCAUCGGAAUCCUGUUUGUCCAAUAUUACUGGUAAAUUUCCUGCAUUUUCUAUAAAAGGCAUACAUUGGCUGAAAGGCCUUAAAAAUGUCCUUACUUCAUUUAGCAAUGUCUCCUCUUCUGGGAUCUCACAAUUAUGUUCACACUUUAUGUAGUUUUACUUUUCUAUAUCACAAUAAUGCCAUUUUCCAUCUUCCUCUCCAUUGGUUGUGGGGACGUGGCCAAGUGGUUAAGGCGUUCGUCUAGUGAUUUCAAGGUCGCUAGUUGGAGCCUGAACUGUGGCACCGUGUUUGUGUCCUUGAGCAAGACACUUAAUCACACAUUGCUCUAGUGUCUGUGUGAGGAGUGGUGCCCCACACAGACUUCCAAUCUGCGCCUUGUAAGGCAUGAAAAUGCCCGACGCAGGCCUCUCAUGGUCUGAGUCGACGUUCCCCGCCCCCCCAUUGGUUAGUCAAUCCUUUACUGAAUUCUUUAAAAUCUUCAAGUUUGUUCAUUCCCUCGCUAUAGCCUUUUAACAUCAGAUUCACGAUGGAGUGAUCACCUUUCCUACAGAAUUCAUUUGCACUAAGUGGAUGGUCAUGAAGAAUUAGAAACAUAGAAAACCCACAGCACAAUACAGGCCCUUCGGCCCACAAUGCUGUGCCAAACAUGUCCUUACCUUAGCAAUUACCUAGGGUUACCCAUAGCCCUCUAUUUUUCUAAGCUCCAUGUACCUAUCCAGGAGUCUCUUAAAAGACCCUAUCGAAUCCAUCUCCACCACCAUCGCCAGCAGCCCAUUCCACACACCCACCGCUCUCUGCGUAAAAAGUUACCCCUGACAUCUCCUUUGUACUUACUUCCAAGCACUUUAGAACUGUGCCCUCUCGUGCUAGCUAUUUCAGCCCUGGGGAAAACCCUCUGACUAUCCACAUGAUCAAUGCCUCAUUAUCUUGUACACCUCUAUCAGGUCACCUCUCAUCUUCCGUCGCUCCAAGGAAAAAAGGCCGAGUUCAUUCAACCUAUUCUCAUAAGGAAUGCUCCCCAAUCUAGGCAACAUCCUUGUAAAUCACCUCUGCAUCCUUUCUAUGGUUUCCACAUCCUUCCUAUACUGAGGUGACCAGAAAUGAGCACAGUACUCCAAGUGGGGUCUGACCAGGGUCCUAUAUAACUACAAAAAUUGUGAAAUAUUUCUAUAAGGGUUUGCUAUUGUUCAUUUACAGUAAACUAUUUUCCCAAUGCAUCUGAACCAGCUCAUAUCUUUUUCCUUUUCUUUCUCCCAUAAUCCACUCUCCUCUCCUAUUAGAUUCAUUUAACCCAAGCUCUUUACCUUUCCCACCCACCUGGCUUCAACUAUCAUCUUAUACUUCUAACUGGUCCGCCUCCCCACUCCCCAUAACUUUUUAUUCUGGUGCUUUAUUCCCUUCCCAGUCUCAGCCCAAAAUGACGACUGUUUAUUAAUGUCCAUAGAUGCUGUCUGUCUUGCUAAGUUCCUCCAGCAUUUUGGGUGUGUUGCUCUGGAUUUCCAGCGUUUGCAGAAUCUCUUGUGUUUUCAAAACUUCCCUUCUGUAAAGCACCCACAUCCCAGCCAAGCACUAUCUGCCUGCUUAACUAACCGCAGUACCUGCACUAAGUAACCUGGCUUCUCCCCCAUUCCAGUCCAAUAUUGAAAAGCUAUCUCAGCUCGAAAGGUCGACGGUUUAUUUAUCUUCAUCAAUGCUGUCUGAUCUGCUGAGUCCCUCCAGCAUUUUGCAUAUGUUGCUCUGAAUUUCCAGCAUUUGCAAAAUCUCUUGUGUGUAAUUUUUAUUUCCAUUUUUGGUUUUUGUCUGUUUUCAAAUCAACAUCAAGUUCACUCUUAUUCUGAUCAAUUUCUUCCAGAGAAACCUCAAUGAUGAGAUCACUAAUCCAAUCUACAUCUCAAAGUCCUGUUCCCAUCGUGUUGCAAAUUUGAACUUCUCCAGUUUGAAUUGUCUAGUCUAUGUGAACAACGUAUGUCUGUCCCGCCUGCAACAUAUUUAUAUAAUCUUUGUGAUAAAAUGUUGAAAAAGAUUAUCAAAAUGAUGUAUGUGAUCAAUGUAGCUGUUAUUAAUCAAUGCAAUACUCCACCCUUCUUGUAGGAAUUUUCUCUCACAUUGGUCUGGCACAAUACUGUGGGCUGAAGAGCUGUAUGGUUCUAAUUAUUCCUCCCCAGUGGCUCUAUGUCAUCAGUUAUCAGAGCUAACCACAAAGUCUUGGCCAUGUGUUGCUGCCAACAGGUCUUCUGUCUUGUAAAUGCUACUAAAGCUUUUAUAAGCUUUACAUAAGCUUUUAUAGAUAUGUAAAAAGGAAAAGACUGGUAAAGACAAAUGUAGGUCCCCUGCAGACAGAAACAGGUGAAUUGAUUAUGGGGAGCAAGGACAUGGCAGACCAAUUGAAUAAUUACUUUGGUUCUGUCUUCACUAAGGAGGACAUAAAUAAUCUUCCAGAAAU